AUGGCUGUAGCCACAGUCGAUAGGAGUAAGUCGCGCAACAUCGGGGAUAACAAAGGCCUGAGCCGAGAUGGUGGAAAGUGGUGUCCCAUCCAUCGGACCAACCAACACGACUUCGACGAAAGCCACAUUAUUAAAAACAAGGUAGAUGAUAAGCUCAAGGAUGCUGUUGCUGAGUAUCACAACAAACAGGCCAAACCAGAUGCUAAAGACGACGAACCUGAAUUUCGCAGGGCCGAUCAAAGCUUGGCACACAUCUUCGAAGGAUCUGCCGCAUAUGAGUUCAAGAGACAGUACAAAGCGAUCGAGAGAGAGGUCAACUUGGCUCUAACAAGGCCUACACAAGACCUUAAGUGGUCAGAGGUCCUGAUCACCUUUAACCAAGUUGGCCACCCAGCUGCGGUUUUACACCCUAGUCGAUACUCGAUCAUGGUCCAACCUACUUUUCUUAACAUCAAUAUACAUCGAACAUUGGUUGAUCCAGACAAUUCACUUAAUCUCAUAUUUGCAAAGUUGUUAGACGAGAUGGGAAUUUCAAGGUUAGAGCUCAAGGCAGGAGCUGAGCCUUUUCAUGGUAUAACCCCAAAUUCAUCCAAUAUGCCCCUUGGCCAGAUCGAGCUGCUAGUCACGUUUGAAGAGCCUGGCAACUUCCGUAUAGAGAAGUUAACCUUUGAUGUGGUGAACUUUGAGACAGCUUAUAAUGUGAUUCUGGGCCACCCAAUGCUAGGCAGGUUCAUGACCAUGGUGCACUACGUGUAUCAAACACUCAAGAUCUCAGGCCCCAAAAGGGUUAUAAUUGUCAAAGGGGAUCAACGUGCAAUGCUCAAAUGCGAUAAGUAG